AUGUUCAAAUUAACGAAACCCCAGAAACUUUCUGUUGAUAUGAAGAAAAAAGCAUCAUCAUCGUCGACAACAAUGGCGUUUCAAAGAGGUGACAGAGUCGAAAUUUCAAGCAACGAAAAGGGGUUCGAGGGUUCAUACUACACAGCAAACAUCAUCGCUAGGCUUUCCAAGAAAGAGUACAUUAUCCAGUACAGAACUCUCCUGAAAGAAGACGGUUUUGGGCCCUUGAGAGAGGUGGUCUCCGCCGAUCAAAUCCAGCCGCUUCCUCCACAGAUUCCGGUAACUGGAUUUUCGUUGGGCGACGCUGUUGACGCCUACGAGAAGGAUGGGUGGAGGAGAUUGCUUUCCCCUUGGGCUUUUUAA